AUGACCUUCCUGCUGGCCAUGACCUUCCUGCUGACCAUGACCUUACUGCUGACCAUGACCUUACUGCUGACCAUGACCUUACUGCUGACCAUGACCUUCCUGCUGACCAUGACCUUCCUGCUGACCAUGACCUUACUGCUGACCAUGACCUUACUGCUGCCCAUGACCUUACUGCUGACCAUGACCUUCCUACUGCCCAUGACCUUACUGCUGACCAUGACCUUCCUACUGCCCAUGACCUUACUGCUGACCAUGACCUUCCAGCUGCCUAUGACCUUCCUGCUGCCCAUGACCUUCCUGCUGCCUAUGACCUUCCUGCUGACCAUGACCUUCCUGCUGCCCAUGACCUUACUGCUGACCAUGACCUUCCUGCUGCCUAUGACCUUCCUACUGCCCAUGACUUUCCUGCUGCCUAUGACCUUCCUGCUGCCCAUGACCUUCCUGCUGACCAUGACCUUUCUGCUGACCAUGACCUUCCUGCUGGCCAUGACCUUACUGCUGACCAUGACCUUUCUGCUGACCAUGACCUUCCUGCUGACCAUGACCUUCCUGCUGCCUAUGACCUUUCUGCUGACCAUGACCUUCCUGCUGACCAUGACCUUCCUGCUGACCAUGACCUUACAGCUGACCAUGACCUUACUGCUGCCCAUGACCUUCCUGCUGCCCAUGACCUUCCUGCUGCCCAUGACCUUUCUGCUGACCAUGACCUUCCUGCUGCCCAUGACCUUCCUGCUGCCCAUGACCUUCCUGUUGUUUGCGGUGAAGGCGAAGGACAAGGACGAAAACAUCAAAAAAUAG